ACCUACUCUUUGAAGCAAUCUCCUGCGAAAGGUUUCAAUGCGAGCAUUCUGCCGACAGCCACGACAUUCUUGUGUCUCAGGUUGUAUAUGUUGGGGAGAUUGUGAUGGACUGGCUAAUUCAGUAGUUGUUGCUGUCUGCUGCCUAGCAACAUCAGCUGGAGUAUUCACUGUUGAAGGUGUUUGGGAUAUAGCUGAAGUUGAAGGGUUUACACGUCUAGAAGGUUGGGAUGGACCGGCUAACUCAUCAGCUGUUGGCCGCUGUCUAGCAACAUCAGCUGGAGUAUUCACUGUUGAAGGUGUUUGGGAUAUAGCUGAAGUUGAAGGGUUCAACAUGAGGAAGAGCGUGUUGAGAGCUUGA